AUGGCUGACAGGAACAGCAGUAGAGUCAAGGUGUUUGUGUUCAUGGGAUUCACUGAUCGUCCAGAGUUGGCUGCCACCAUGUUUGCAUUGUUUCUCAUGAACUAUUGCAUUACAAUUGUGGGGAAUCUCGGGAUGCUUUUGUUAAUUAGGGUUGAUGCUUGCCUUCACACCCCCAUGUAUUUCUUCCUUAGUAAUUUGUCCUUCUUAGACAUUUGCUAUUCAACUACCAUCAGUCCCAGGCUGCUGGUUGACCUCUUAAGGGAAAGGAAAGUGAUUACAUAUCCUGAGUGUCUAGUUCAAUUCUAUUUCUAUGUAACUUUUGCCACCACUGAGUGUUACCUCCUGGCUGCUAUGGCAUAUGAUCGGUACAUGGCCAUCUGCAACCCACUCACCUAUACAAUCACCAUGUCUCAGAAAGUUUGUGCUUUUCUGGUGGCUGGUUCAUACAUUGCUGGAUCUGUCAAUGCUAUGAUACACACAGGAUGUUUGACUCAUUUAUCGUUCUGUGGCCCUAAUGUCAUUGAUCAUUUUUUUUGUGAAGGUCCCCCGGUUUUUGAACUUUCCUGUUCUGAUACAAGUAUAAAUUUGUAUGCAAUGUUUGCAUUUGUGGGCUUUAACCUGGUGGUCACUCAUUUGACAGUCCUUAUCUCUUACUCUUAUAUUGUCCUCCGUAAGGUCCUCCGUGGGACAUACCAGGAGAGGGGGAAAAAGAUGGCCAACAGGAGCAGCAGCAGAGGGAAAUUGUUUGUGCUCUUGGGAUUCAAUGAUCAUCCAGAGUUGGCUGCAAUCUUGUUUGCAUUGUUUGCAUUAAAUCCCAUAGUCCUGACAACUUUCAGGGGUUAA